UUUUCCAUUCGUGUGAACAGAUUGACAAUCCGUGUGUAAAUGUGUAAUCUUUAAAUAUAAAACACAUUCCACAAAUGGACUGUAUGAUUACAAUAAUCUCAAUUGGAAAGAAAUGACACCAAUUAUCUCUUUACAGGUUGUAUGGGUAUGAAAUGUGGUCUAUUUAAAAUGUAUCUUCAUCAUCAUCGCAGUGUAUAAAAUCCAGCCCCCUAUUUUCAUGGCCUCAAUCUGCAACAUGAAUGUUUACUGUCGCCAUGGCAACAGAUGCCGGGUUAGUAGUUAAGGUUAUCUUAACAAUGAACAAUAAAAUCGCAAUAGGUCAUUUCUUAACAAAACAAAUAUCAACACCGACAGUCAUACUAUCAAAGACUUUAACCAGGUCCUGUCACUUCAUGUCUUUCAACCGUUAACGUAGUGCACGUUACUUGUCGCAGAGUAUUUGGGGGAAAUAACUCAUAGAAGACCGCGUGCUCUUACUUUGAAAAGCGGAAAUGGCGUCGCCAGCAGGCAAUCGCAGUUUUUCCGAAAUUGGCCGAGCGAUACAGUUCGAUUUUCGUCUAUGGUUCAGACCAGCAGAAAGUUUGUCUCAAAACUCUGUUUGGAUGUUUUUCUACCAUUACCAUCACAUUGUGUUUAAGUCAUUUUCGUUUGUUAUUAUAUGUGUAUGUAAGGACUCUUUUGGAUGGAAAUCAAUAGACUCACUUGGAUAUCUAGGGGAUAGCUGAUGAAAAGCGUUCUUAUUUAUUUAUCUAAUAAAAUGACCGGAAGAUCUAAAUUCACCCCGUCAAGAAGACUUUUACUGUGAAUUUGCUGACCGGAAGUGAAGCUGUCUCAUUAGAACUAGUUUGACAGUGGUGUGAAGAUGGCGGCGUACGGUCGCCCUCAGCUGCUGCUGCUGCUGUUGUUACCGUUUGUGUGUCUCUGCGGCUUCGGCUCCGUCCUCGGCCUGAAAGCUGCCAGCGGCCCGGCCGAGCCUCCCAACCCGCCCGUCCUCAGAGCCGCCGAUCCCCCGAUCAAAGAUGCACCUGCACCCGCCGCAGCCGCUGCCGCCGCUGGGGCCUCGCAGCCUCGAAGGGCGACCGGUUGGAAGCUGUCGGAGGAGGAGGCCUGCCGGGAGGACCUGACCCGCCUCUGCCCCAAACACACCUGGACCAACAACCUGGCCGUGCUGGAAUGCCUGCAGGACCGCAGAGAGGAAACUGAGAUUGCUCCUGACUGUAACCAUCUUCUGUGGAACUACAAACUUAAUCUGACCACGGAUCCUAAGUUUGAGUCGGUGGCCACGGAGGUCUGCAAGAGCACCAUCGCUGAGAUAAAGGAGUGUAACGAGGAGGAGCGAGGGAGGGGCUACCUGGUGUCCUGCCUGGUGGAUCACCGUGGCAACAUCAGCGAGUACCAGUGUAACCAGUACAUUACCAAGAUGACCAGCAUCAUCUUCAGCGACUACCGGCUGAUCUGCGGCUUCAUGGACAAAUGCAAAGAAGACAUCAACACUCUGCGCUGCGGCAGCAUCAACGUAGGACACAAGGACGUGCACUCCCAGGGGGAAGUGAUCGCCUGUCUGGAGAAGGCGUUGGUGAGGGAGGCGGAGCAGCAGGAUCAUGUUCGUCCAAUCAAAGAGGAGUGUCAGAAGUCGAUCCUGCGGGUGGCGGAGCUGUCGUCAGACGACUUCCACCUCGACCGACACCUUUACUUCUCCUGCCGCGACGACCGGGAGAGAUUCUGCCAGAACACUCAAGCAGGAGAAGGGAAAGUCUACAAGUGUCUGUUCAAUCACAAGUUUGAAGAGGCCAUGACAGAGAAGUGCCGUGAUGCUCUCACCACCCGUCAGAAGCUGAUCUCGCAGGACUACAAGGUCAGUUACUCUCUGGCUAAAGCCUGUAAGAUGGACCUGAGGAAGCAGCGCUGCAGCCUGGACACCAACCUGCCUCGAGCCCGUGAGGCCCGGCUGUCGUACCUGCUGCUGUGCCUGGAGGCCGCCGUCCACCGCGGUCGUCCGGUCAGCGGGGAGUGUCAGGGCGAGAUGCUGGACUACCGGCGGAUGCUGAUGGAGGAUUUCUCUCUGAGUCCGGAGAUCGUGCUUCACUGCCGGACGGAGAUCGAGGCUCACUGCUCCGGCCUGCACCGUAAAGGCCGCACGCUGCACUGUCUGAUGAGAAUCGGACGCGGCGACCGCAGCACCGCCGUCGACAGCGUCUGCCAGAGCGCCCUGCAGACGCUGAUUCAGUCCGCGGACCCCGGAGCCGACUACCGGAUCGACCGCGCGCUCAAUGAGGCCUGCGAGUCAGUGAUCCAGACCGCCUGCAAACACAUCCGCACCGGAGACCCAAUGAUCCUGUCGUGCCUGAUGGAGCAUCUGUACACAGAGAAGAUGGUGGAGGACUGUGAGCACAGACUGCUGGAGCUGCAGUAUUUCAUAUCCAGAGACUGGAAACUGGACCCCAUCCUGUAUAAGAAGUGUCAGGGCGACGCCGCCCGGCUCUGCCACACCCACGGCUGGAACGAGACCAGUGAGCUGAUGCCGCCGGGCGCCGUCUUCUCCUGCCUGUACCGCCACGCCUACCGCACCGAGGAGCAGGGACGCCGGUUAUCUCGGGACUGUAAGGUGGAGGUUCAGAGGAUCCUCCACCAGAGGGCGCUGGAUGUGAAGUUGGACCCUGAGCUUCAGAAACGCUGCAUGACCGACCUCGGCAAGUGGUGCAGCGAGAAGACGGACACCGGACAGGAGCUGGAGUGUCUGCAGGAUCAUUUGGAGGACCUGGUUUCUGCCUGCAGGGAAGUCGUUGGCAACCUGACAGAGCUGGAGUCGGAGGACAUCCAGAUUGAUGCUCUGCUCAUCAGAGCCUGUGAGCCCGUCAUCCAGGCCCACUGCCAUGACGUAGCUGAUAACCAGAUCGAUACAGGUGAUCUGAUGGAGUGUCUGGUUCAGAAUAAACACCAGAAAGAGAUGAACGACAAGUGUUUAGUCGGCGUCACACACUUCCAGCUGAUUCAAAUGAAGGAUUUCCGGUUCUCCUACAAGUUCAAGAUGUCCUGUAAGGAGGACGUUCUGCGCUUGUGUCCGAAUAUCAAGAAGAAGGUGGACGUCGUCAUCUGUCUGAGCACCACAGUGAGGAACGACACGCUGCAGGACGCCAGGGAGCAGCGGGUCUCUCUGAAAUGUCGUAAACAGCUGCGGGUGGAGGAGCUGGAGAUGUCGGAGGAUAUCCGCUUGGAACCGGAGCUGUAUGAUCCCUGUAAAUCUGACAUCAGUCGACUUUGUCCCAACGUCAACUUCGGUAACGCUCAGAUGAUCGAGUGUCUGAAGGAGCAGAAGAAGCAGCUCAGUCAGAGGUGUCACCAGCGGAUCUUCAGACUGCAGGAGGUGGAGAUGAGCGACCCCGAGCUCGACUACCAGCUGAUGAGAGUCUGCAAGCAGAUGAUCAAGCGGUUCUGCACCGAGGCCGACGCCCGAAACGUUCUCCAGUGUCUGAAGCAGAACAAAAACAGCGAGCUGAUGGAUCCCAAGUGUAAACAGAUGAUCACCAAGAGACAGAUCACACAGAACACAGACUACAGGUUGAACCCGGUGCUGAGGAAGGCUUGUCGAGCCGACAUCCCGAAGUUCUGCCAGUCCAUCCUGAACAAGGCGAGCGAGGACAGCGAGCUGGAGGGUCAGGUCAUCGCCUGCCUCAAACUCAAAUAUGCUGACCAGAGGUUGUCUCCAGACUGUGAAGACCAGAUCCGAGUGAUUCUGCAGGAGUCGGCGCUGGACUACAGACUGGACCCGCAGCUGCAGAUGCACUGCUCAGACGAGAUCUCCAGGUUGUGCGUGGAGGAGGCGGCAGCUCAGGAGCAGACCGGUCAGGUGGAGGAGUGUCUGAAAGUCAACCUGCUGAAAAUCAAACAGGAGGCCUGUAAAAAGGAAGUCCUGAACAUGCUGAAGGAGAGUAAGGCGGACAUCUUCGUGGACCCGGUCCUUCACACAGCCUGCGCGCUGGACCUCAAACACCACUGUGCUGCCAUCACGCCCGGCAGAGGACGACAGAUGUCGUGUCUGAUGGAGGCGUUACAGGACAAGAGAGUUCGUCUGCAGCCUGAAUGUAAGAAAAGGCUUCAGGACCGCAUCGACAUGUGGAGCUACGCCGCAAAGGUGGCGCCGGCAGAGGGCUUCUCAGACCUGGCGGUGCAGGUGAUGACGUCGCCCUCCAAGAACUACAUCCUGUUCAUGAUCGCACUGAGCGUGUGCGUCCUCUUCCUGGUGGGGCUGCUGUGCGGUCGGAUCACCAAGCGGGUGACGAGAGAACUGAAGGACCGGUAGAGGACGAUUGCUCCGACGCUUCAGGAAAGACUGACUCCUCGCACCUUCCUGUACCCCCCCUCCUCCCCUCCUCCCCCUCCUCCCCUCUCAGAUGCCCAGUCUGUAACCAGCCAACCUGCACAGUGCCAACACCAGUGCCCACAUCUGGACCUCCUCCUCGGUUUAAAACUCUUUGGCUGCUGCUGAAAUUUGCAUCAAAUGCAAAACGUUUCCCCCGAGUCUCAUGAAAAUCUUUAAUCUCCAUUUGGGCAUCUCCACACGUCAACAGAGCAACUGACCAUCUGAUUGGACCGUUCUUUUCCUUGGUGAUAAUAUUUCCCUCCCAGAAAAUCUGCUUGUCCCAAGGUUUCCGUCUGGGGGUCGGACAUGAAGUCGUCCGGCAUCUUUUAAGUUUCUAAAUAAGCGCUGUUCAUGAUGUGACUGAGGGCUGCUUCUGACGUUAGAGUUGCUUUCCACCCAUUAGGUCCUAAUGCUUUUUUGUGGUAUUUAAUGGAGACUGGAGCAUGUAGAGCAACAGGAAAUGGUCUUUCUAAGGGACUGUGGCAAGCCUGAAUCGCACACGGUGCAACCUGAAGUCUUGUGGGAAACUUUGGGGGUUGAACUCCGAGAUGUUCUUGUUGCUUUGAAACAUCUUCUCAUCAAUCAUGACGUCCCGUCCUCUUCACUCCUGUACAGGGACCGUGUCCAGCUCACCAGGUACGACUCGUCACCCGCUACUGAAAACCCCCCAUUGACUGAAACUGGUCCAAGCUGGUCUCUGUUUUCAGGAAUGUUGUGUGCACGUUUUUUUUUUUUUUUUUUUUUUUUUAAACUUCAUUUAAAAUGCUAAUUAAAAUCAUUGCACUUUUUAAAAACAUUUUUUUUUAUUAUUUCUAUGCCUUAUUUAUUGACGAUUACUCUGCAGCCCUUUGGACCCAGUUCUACACAGUUCGACUAAAAAGACACACAAACCAACCACAAAGAGACACAACUACAGAGACACAAAACAACUACAGAGAGACAAAACAACUACAGAGACACAAAACAACUACAGAGAGACAAUACGGCGACAAAGAGGCGAAAAAGCAAUGACAGACACAAAACAGCUGCAUAGCAACAAACCGACCACAGAGAGACACAGAAAAACUACAAAAAACCCAAUAUGACUACAAAGAGGUGCAAAAGAAACCACAGACCUAAAACAACUACAAAGAGACACAAAGCAACCACAUAUCAACAUAAACGACCACAGGGAGACACAAAACAACUACGAAGACCCACUAUAACCACGAAGAGACGUUAAAUGACCUCAUAGAAAACCAGAAUGACUACAGAGACACAGAACAACCACAGUCGUCGUUUUGUGUCUCUUGCAGUGCAGAUGUUCCUCAUCUGUAGGAGGUGGGAGUCAUUUAAAACAUCUGUAUCCAGAGGCCCAAUGUCUCAUAAUCUGUCCGUGGCUGUGGGAUAUUUGGAGUUACAAACAGAAGCUACUUAUUUACAUGAUUUGAUAUAUUUUUGAUAUUAGAGUAUUGAAAAUUGUUUAGAUAUUUAUUUGCUAUUCAGGUAUUACACAGAAUGAACAAUGUACGUAACAAUGUACAGUUUAUUAUUGCCAAGAACCAGGGUUUUAAAUGUGAGUCAACAUAUUUUUCAAAUGAGCCCCUCUUCUAUAAAACUGCCCCCCCCCCACAUUUAAAAGUUUCUGACCCCACUCCUUGAUGUAACUCCUUUAAAACCACAAAUACUCACUUUUACAUUUCUGUGUUUGUACGACUUAAACAAAUCAGAUAUAACAUGUUAAUUAUUGAGCUUCAGAGGUGACACACCUGUGCUAGCCGCUACCCGUUUCCAGUCUUCGUGCUAAGCUAAGCUAAAAGUUUCAGCUUAGUUAAUUAAUAAACUGACAUCAUGUGUAAUUGACAGUAGAAAACCUUAGAACUGGGUCACGUCAAUCGGGUAAAAUACUUUUAGUGUCCCUUAAAUCCUGUUUUAAAUCUUUACUAAACGGAUGUAGUCCCAUUUAAGAAAAGCAGCUUGUUGCCUUUGUCCACUGACAUCAGCUGAUUGGACGACGAGCCUCAUUCAUCACAUUCAUCAAUUAGUGAAAAUAUUUACGCUAAUUUUCUUUUAACAAACCUUUUGCAGCUUUUUGAUGCACAUUAAUGUGUGUGAUUAAAGACAGAGUAAGAUCAAGUGUGCAGCAUAUACACACUGUUUUCUGUUUAUUUACAAAAGUUAAUGAAGCUCAAGUUGCAAAUAACGUGGAGACACACCGUCAAAGGAUUUUGCCUGUGAAAAGAAAUUUCCUACCCGAAGGCCGAGCCGAUCGACUGACCGAUAGAAACCAACCGCUCGCUGCUUGGAGCUUUUCUAAACGAUCUCCAUGUUUCUGUGUGUGCGUCUGCUGAUGUUGAAUCAGAGCGAUUUAACAGGAAAUAAAGACAGCUCUCAUAACCAGUUUUGUACGAAGUCUCUGUGUACAAACUUUAUCGGUGUGCAGUUUGUUUUUCUUUGUUUUUGUUUCUUUUGGGAUUAUGCCAUGUAAUAUGAAGAUGUAACAGAAUUAUCAUUGUGAGAUUUGAUUUUGCUGUACAGAUAAAAUUUGUCAAUUUAAUAAAAAUGUCUGCAGAUUUUCAGA